AUGUGGGCAGGAUUUGUCACUGUAGAAACUCAACUUUGUUAUUUGUCGCAUGAUGUUGGUGAACUGCCUUGUGCUUCUCAUUAUUAUAAGAGUCCUGUGAAUGAACGGAACCUAUUACAUGAUGGUGAGAGUCCGUAUUCCUGUGAUGUUUGUCAUAGAUCAUUCGCUCUUCAAACUACACUGAAGAAUCAUCAACGCAUUCACAAUGGGGACCGUCCAUAUUCCUGUAAUGUGUGUAAUAAGUCAUUCAGCCGGAGAAAUCGUUUGAAGAUACAUCACAAUAUUCAUAGUGGGGAGCGUCCAUACUCCUGUGAUGUAUGUAACAAAUCAUUCAUUGAACGGAGUAAUCUGAAGAAACAUCAACGUACGCACAGUGGAGAAAGGCCAUACUCCUGUGAUGUGUGUAAUAAAUCUUUCAUUCUUCAAACUACACUGAAGAAUCAUCAACGCAUUCACAAUGGGGACCUUCCAUAUUCCUGUGAUGUGUGUAAUAAGUCAUUUAGCCGCAGAAGUCGCUUGGAGAGACAUCACCUUAUACAUGGUGGGGAGCGUCCAUAUUCCUGUGAUGUAUGUAACAAAUCAUUCAUUGAUCAGGGUAGUUUGAACAAACAUCAGUUUACGCACAGUGGAGAAAGGCCAUAUUCCUGUGAUGUGUGUAAUAAAUCGUUCAGUAGGAGUAGUAAUCUGAAGGUACACCUACGCAUACAUAGUGGGGAGUGGCCAUACUGCUGUGAUGUGUGUAAGAAAUCAUUUAGUCGAAGCAAUCUUAUGAAGAACCAUAAAUGCAUACACAGUGGGGAGCAGCUGCCAGAUUUCUGUAAUGCGUGUAGUAAUUCGUUAGGUCAGAUGUGUAAUCUGAAGAUCCAUCAAUUAAUACAUAAUGGCAAGCGGCCAUAUUCUUGUGACAUGUGUAAUAAAUCAUUUACUCAUAAAAGAAAUCUAAUCAGACAUCGGCGUACACACAGUCGGGAGAGGCCAUUCUCUUGUGAUUUGUGUAAUAGGUCAUUUGGUCGGAGGAGUGAUCUUAAGAUACAUCUACGCAUCCACAGUGGGGAGCGGCCAUAUAUCUGUGAUGUCUGUAAAAAAUCUUUCGUUCAGAAGGGUGCUUUGAAGACACAUCACAUUAUACAUGAUAGACAGUAGACACAAUUAUGUGAUAUAUUUCAUAAAUGAUUCCUUUACCAGCGUAAUGCCAUUAAUGACUAUUGGUUAUUUCAGUAACAUUAAAUCUACUCAUUAAUAGAAUAAUCCGAUGAGUCAAUACAUGUGUGGGGUGCACAUAUUCUUGUGAUAUAUGUAGGUCUUCCUAUUAUCAGAAGAGUCUGCAGAAGUAUUAUUGCUUACCGAGAUUAAAGUAACUAUUGUCCCAUCUUGAAUAAGACUUUGUCUGCUGUGAGAAUGCAAAUGAAUAUCUACUCGAGCACAUUUGAUUUGUACAGGAAUAUUAUCGAGGAUAGGAUUAGUAAUUGUGUAUUUGAGGCAAAACAGAGAGGCAUGGCCCGACAUCAUCUGGAUUCAUAUUUAGCUGAGAUCUUGUGGCAGCGUACAAAUGAUAACGGUGAUAUUUUUAAAACGAUUUUAAAAUCCAUAAGCAAAUUUUGUCCUCUGGAGACAGGUAGUAAUAACAAUUAACAUCUCAUGCAUAUCAAAAUAAAAUUUAAUAAUUUGUCAUUUAUUGAAAUAAAAUAUAAUAACUUUCAA